ACUACUUGCAUGGUUUCGUGGGCUCAUUCAUUCUCGACCUUUAUGAGAAGAAUAUGGCGAGUGAUUCUUCUGAUGAGGAUAUAGAAGAUUGGGUAUUUUACCGAGAUAGACUGGAAUGGAAAGAUGUAACACCAAUUGAACAAGAUGAAGGACCUUUUUCUGUUGUUGCUAUUGCUUAUUCUGAAAAAUUUAAAGAUGUUUACGAUUAUUUUCGUGCCAUAAUUAAAUCUGAAGAGAAAAGUCAACGAGCUUUGGAAUUGACUGCAGAUGCUGCUCGACUAAAUCCAGCCAAUUAUACUGUCUGGCAUUACAGAAGGUUGCUAAUUAAAACUCUUGAGAAAGAUUUACAAGAAGAGCUAGAAUUUGUAACUGAUGUCAUUUGUGAUCAUCCCAAGAAUUACCAAGUUUGGUAUCACAGAAGGGUUGUUGUGGAUUGGUUGAAAGAUCCAUCCAAGGAACUUGACUUCUCAGCAUCCAUUCUUGAGCUUGAUGCAAAAAAUUAUCACACAUGGCAACACAGACAGUGGGUUAUCAAAGAAUUUAAACUUUGGAAAAAUGAGAUGGAAUUUGUGAACAAACUGCUUGCUGAUGACAUAAGAAAUAAUUCUGCUUGGAACCAAAGAUAUUUUGUUAUCACUCACACCAGUGGUUUUACUGACGAAGUAAUAAAAAAUGAAAUUGAUUAUCUGGUUGAGGUUAUAAAAGAUGUGCCAAAUAAUGAGAGUGCUUGGAAUUAUCUAACAGGUAUUCUGGAAAAAGGCCGAGCUAGCAAAGAAAAUGAAUUGCGGAAUAUUAUAUUUCGUUGGAUUGAAGAUGGAAUGGAUUCGCCAUACUUAUUAAGUUUUGCUAUUGAUAUUUAUGAAGAAGAUCUUGAAAGUGGAAAUUGCUCCAAUGAAAUAUUUGAAAAAGCACAAGAGCUGUGCAAAGUAUUGGCAAAUGAUGUAGACUGUAUCAGGAAAGAAUAUUGGAAUUAUGUCAGCAGACGUCUUCUUGCAAAAUAUGGCAACAAAUCAUAGAAAAAGAGGAUUAAAUCACUCAUGUACUCAAAUACAGUUGUCAUUACACUUUUUAUAUGUAUAUUGAAAUUAUUCAUUGUCAUGUGAUAUUAAUUAUGUCAACUGUCAUAUUA